AUGGCUGAUUUCAGCACAACGACAAUCAGUGAUGCUUUAUACAAGCUCUGCCCUGCCGCAGACACUGGGGGAUAUCUUCCAGACCUCAAGCUCUUUGCUGGAUCUCACUGUCUCUCAGGACCCGUUUUUCCCGUUCAAUUUGAGUAUAAGUGGUCGAAUCCAGCUCCAAUGGCCGAGCACUUCGUAGACGCCUGUCCUCCUGGCUCCGUGUUACUACUGUGUCCACCCAGUGAUGCUACCAACGCCUGUUUUGGUGGUCUACUUGCUAGCUCAGCCAAAACCAAGUCCAUUGCGGGUGUAGUGGCAAAUGGCCGUGUCCGAGACCUAGAAGAGCUGGAAAGCAGUGGAAUGUCUAUAUUUGCCAAAGGUACUAGUGUUUGCGGGCAGUCCCCAUUCUUAGUGCCUGUAAAAGCAGGCGAACCAGUUCAAAUCGAACAUGAAAAUGGUCACACUAUGUCUGUCAAACCAGGCGACCAACUCUUCGCUGAUAGGAAUGGGGUUAUCAUAGUUGACUCAGCACGUCUCAAUGAAAUCGUAGAAGUAGGUGUUAAGUCUGAAGAGACUGAUGAACUAUGCAGAAAGGCGCUACUCGAAGGUGCAGGCGUAAAGGAAACAUUCGCAAAGUAUCGAGGAAAGCCAAAGCUUUAG